AUGGCAUCAGAAGACCAGUCCUGGGGCGCGUCUCCGUCAUCUCUCUCAACCUGUUCUCACCGCCAGAUCCGUUUCUCCAACUCGCGCAAGCGUCCCUACUUCUACAACACGGCGACGCAGGAGUCGCGCUGGGAGGUGCCCGACUCCCUCGCCUCGUCCGACCUCUCCUCCCUCCCCGGCGCCGAGCACCUCAAGCAGAGCCAGUCGUCGUCGACGUCGGCCGGAGCGAGCGCGUCGAGCGACAACGGCGGAAAGAUCAGGGCGUCGCAUCUCCUCGUCAAGCACAGCGGCAGUCGUCGACCCGCGUCCUGGCGUCAGGCCAACAUCACCCGGUCCAAGGACGAGGCGCUCGAGAUCCUCAAAGGCCACGAAAAGACGUUGCGCGAGGCAGACGACCUCAAAGCGACGUUUGCCAAGCUCGCCAGCACCGAGAGCGACUGCUCUUCUGCGAGGGACGGCGGAGAUCUCGGUUUCUUCGGGCGCAACCAGAUGCAGAAGCCGUUCGAGGACGCCGCGUUUGCCCUCGACGUCGGCCAGCUGUCCGACAUCGUCUCGACCGACUCGGGCGUCCAUGUCAUACUCCGCACCGCCUGA